AAAUAGUGUCUCUUUCAUCAUUUAUUACAUGUUCGUGGAAAAUCUCAUAAAAAAGUGUCAAAGAUUGCUUGAACAUGGCCGAAAGAUUUCCAAUCAAUAUGAUCACACCUACAACGCAAGAUUGGAUAUGUAAGAUAAGUGGUUGACAAAUGUCGACCAAGAGACACCAGAGAUGGGAACAAAAAGUAUCAGCUCUUGAUACUUCAAGAUGAAGAGGAAAAUCAGGUUCAGGCGAUUAUGUUCGGUAUUGAUAUAACACAGUUUGAAGAUGUGCUUGCACCCUUCAAUACAUAUUUGGUGUCUGUUGCGCAAGUGAAAGAUCCACCUUUUGAAUAUAAGAGUGCACUUAAUGAUUACAUUUGGACAAUUGAUAGAAACACCAUAGUUGAGCCCAUUGAAAAGGUUACUCCUCCGAAAGAUCCGUUAACUCAGCCAACAAGGUUAACUCUUACCGCAUUUGACACCUUCGAGUAUCAACCCAAAGACUAUGAGUUUGAUGUACUUGCCAUUGUCAUCAACGACAGCCAUCCUACAAAGACAGCAAGCGAAAAAAAAGUUCAGGAGUUCAUUAUCAUUGAUGAACAGAUCAACAAAUAGAUUCAAUGGUUUGUCGAACAGGUUCAAUACAACAAUUGAGAUCAAUCCUCUAUAUCCACAGGCCGCCGUAUUGAGGACAUGGUAAUAUGCAUUUAUAGUUUUAUAUUUCCAUCCAAAAUGCUAAGUAUAAACUACAUCUUAUGGUUACAACUAUAUAGGAUGAAGACAAUUGAACCGGAACUUGUUGCUUAUAAGAUGAAGAGUACUACUGCAGUAGGCUCUAUUCUGUUGGUUCCCUUUGAGGAUAAAAUUAUACCUGUCGCUAAUAUCAAAGAACAAAUUUCGAUAAUGAUUACCACUUUUGUACUUUCAAUUCUUCAAGUUAUAAUACACUAAAUAAAAACUUAAAUUGUGUCAUUCUUAAAUUUUUAGGGACAUGUAUUUUAUGUCGAAGCUGAACUGUCUUUUGCAAGAAAGGACCAACACCUUUGUGUCUUACAUUGCCCAAGCUAUAAGACAUUAUUUUCAAGAUACAAUGUGCGAAGAGAAAUCUACUGCACCACUUGUCACCGAUCCACAUUAUUGACUCACAAGUAUAAAUGCUUUUUAACAAUAUA